AUGAAUGCUGUCUCUGACCUUGGUCUGAUGUAUUAUACUCAGUCUCGGUUAACGGAAACUCACGAACAAUGGAUUAGCGCUCUUGAAAUGGGAAAGAAACCUCUCGGAUUCCCAGGCUAUAUCGAUACAGGGAUCGGCAACCAGCUCGCACUCUUGUAUUACCAAGAAGGCCGGAAACAAAUACUGGAGAAAAGAGCGAAGUACAUGGGUGAACACCAUCCUGAGACGCUAGGAGCCAGGGGUUCAUUAACAACCAGCUAUAGUGAUCAAGGUCUUCUUGAGAUAGCGGAACUGCUGAUGUCUCAAGAGUGCCGAAACUUAUCACGAGAAGUUCAGGACGAGAGGAUGAAGUUGUGGGGCACACAAAAUGUGGAAACCCUUGGGGCCAUAAAGCAUCUUGCGAAAACAUACCAUGCCCAGGGUCGUCUUAAUCAAGCCGCAGAACUCCAGCAACAGGUAGUUUUUGGGAUGGAAAAGCUUUUAGGAGAAAAUCACCCAGGAACCUUGAGUGUUCGCGAAGAACUAUAA